CUCUGCACACUUUAUUUUGUUUCUUUUCCUCCAAUGGAACACGAUGAUCAAAAGGAGUUGCAGCUUCUUCCUGGUCCUCCCCCCUUACAGAGGGCAGCCCCUCGACCGUCAGAUCCUUCUUCACUACGAUACCGAUCAAAGGCAGCAGUUGAAGCCCUGGAAGCGCCCAACUCUCUCGACCUCCAACUGUCCAUAAGUGUGAGACCACUGAUGGGAGCAACCAACAAUGUUUGCGAGUACGACCAAACGACGACGGGGUUGAAGCCGAAGGCGAGUUGCGUGGAGGCGCUGAAGUGGCAGGCGGCGGAGCAAAUCCGAAUGGCGGCAAUGGAGAAGGCGUACGCGGAGAGAGUGAGGGAGCUGACGAGGAGGGAGAUGGAGCUGGCUCAGUCGGAGUUCACACGUGCGAGGCACAUGUGGGAGAGGGCGAGGGAGGAAGUGGAGAAGGCGGAGAGGAUGAAGGAGAAGGCAAUGCGCCAGAUGGACGCCACGUGCAUGGAGAUCACUUGCCAGUCUUGCAGGCAAAGGUUUAGGCCUUGACGCAUAAUAAAUUAGGUUCUGAGUUGAGUUCUGGCCGGGAUCGGAGUUGGUAUUAAUAUUAUGAUUGUUAACAUAUACCAGUAAGAUUUUGAAAACUUAUUGGAUUGGUUUGCAAUUUCUUUUUUAACAAU